AUGUCCGAGUUCGCAGACAAAGCCGAGUUUAUAAAAUCAAAACUCCAAGAACGCGAAGAGUUCGUUCGUGAGUCUUGGGUGAAAGCCAUGGAAGCCCGACUUGUACGCGACGAGCUCGUGAAAUGUCAUCGGCUUGAGGGUGUUAACCACCUGGAGAACUGCAGAUGGCUCUCGGACAAAUAUAUUUCAAUGCUCAAAGAAAACAAGGUCAAGGGCUACAAAAAGAUUGAUUUCUAG